CCCGGAUCAUGGAUAAAAGGGGCUGGCGGCUCUCGGGGCGCUCAGAUCGCUCUGCAGGCUCUUCCUCCGACUCCUGCGCUCCACGCUCAGACCCUGCACGCUCAGCACCAUGGCCCGCGCCGCGACCCCCGCUGCCCCCCGCGCUCUCGGGACCCUCCGCGCCGCGCUGCUGCUCCUGCUCCUGGGCGCCGCCUGCCGGCAAGCUGCAGGGGCGUCCCUGGCCUCCGAACUGCGCUGCCAGUGCCUGGAGACCAUGCAGGGCAUUCACUUCAAGAACAUCCAGAGCGUGACGGUCACGCCCCCGGCACCCCACUGUCCCCGCACCGAAGUCGUAGCCAUUCUCAAGAACGGUCAGCAAGCCUGUCUCAACCCCGAAGCCCCGCUGGUUAAGAAACUCAUCGACAAGAUGCUGAAAAACAGCGGCAGCACCAACAAUUAGAAAAGUUCCUCCAUGUGAUGUCCUGGAAGACUGCUCCUGCCUUUCCAGGGACCGAAAACGGGAAAGAGAGCCAGACCAUCCGCCUCUGGGACACCAAGAAAGUCGCUCAUGUGCUUGACUAUAUUUUGUGUGUGGGAAUUCUAUUUAUGUUUGUAUUUAUUUUCCAAAGCUUGUAUUUUAAUAUUUUACUUAUUAUUAUUAUUAUUAUUAUUAUUAUUAUUUAAAGACGUGAAUGUUUUGUAAGAACAUAAUCAGUUGGAUUGCUAUUUGAAGAUAAUGAGCUUGGAGUUAUCUUGUGAAACAUGAAUUGUGCCAGACAUCGAGUGACGGCACUGUGUUGGAGGAGGAAGGGGCGGAGGAGAGGGUGGUGAGUGAGGCCAGCUCUGAGGCCAGGGAAAGUGACAGCACUUCUGCUUUUGUACUGGUUUGAAGGAAUGUCAUUGUUAUUUAUUGAAAUUGUUUCAUAUUAGGUGUUCAACAUGAAUAUGUUGAGGCUUCCCUUGGACAUUUUAUGUCUUACUUGUAGGGCAUAAUGCCCUGUUUAAUGUUUAUUCUGCAGUGUUUCUCUGACAACAGAGAAGUUCAACUGUUGUUGUUACUAAUGGCAUAAAAAUAAAAGUUUU